AAAAAAGAGGACAAUCCAAAAAAGUGAAAAACUGGUCUUUCAGGUCAGGUCAGGUCUUCUUCUUCCUGCAAAAACAAAAACCUCAAAAAUAGAGAAAGUUUCAAUCUUUCUUCAUCCUAAAUCGUUGAUUUCUAAAACGGAGAAGAAGAGAAGAUAACGCGAUUAACUUGAUUCAGCCUUCCUUCAGGUUUGGUGGGCUCGAAUACUCAGGAAAUGAAAGGGGCAAGUAGUGUUAAGAAGAAAACCCAGUUGUUUAACGAAGCUGGUGAGGCGGAUACGGUAAUGGAAACUGUCGGAGAAAGCCGGAAAAUAAGCGGCGACGGUGGGUUUUUCAGUGACGACGGCGGAGGAGGAGGUGGAGAGUUGAUUCUUCGCGAGAUGGGCGAUGAUAGGCGUACGGAGGAUGAAGAUGAAGAAGAGGAUGAGGAUGAAGACGAUGGAGGAGAUGAGGAAGAUGAAGAAGGAGAAGGAAGAGGAGGGAAAGAGGAAAGGCCAAAGCUUGAUGAAGGGUUUUACGAAAUUGAAGCUAUUCGUCGUAAGAGAGUUCGAAAAGGAAAGGUCCAGUAUCUAAUUAAAUGGCGCGGAUGGCCCGAAACUGCCAACACAUGGGAGCCUUUAGAGAAUCUCCAGUCUAUUGCUGAUGUUAUUGAUGCAUUUGAAGGAAGUUUGAAGCCGGGAAAGCCUGGUAGGAAACGGAAGCGCAAAUAUGCAGGUCCUCAUUCUCAGAUGAAGAAGAAGCAACGUUUAACAUCUACAUCACAUGAUGCUGCUGAGAAAUCUGACUCUUCUACGUCUCUCAACAACUCUAGCCUUCCUGACAUUCCUGAUCCACUAGACCUAAGCGGUUCGAGUCUACUAAAAGGAGAUGGGGAAGGUAAGAAUGCUUAUGUAUCCAACCAAGUUAAAGCUAACAGCGGGAGUGUUGGGAUGGUCCGACAACUUCGUUUGAUCGAAGAUGAGAAAGAAUAUGAUCCAACACUUAACGAGCUAAGGGGACCAGUCAAUAAUGGUAACGGUGCAGGAUGUUCUCAAGGAGCAGGCAUUGGUUCUGAAGGUGACAAUGUAAGACCCAAUGGCCUUCUCAAGGUUUAUCCUAAGGAGCUUGAUAAGAACAGUCGUUUCAUAGGUGCUAAGCGGAGGAAGUCUGGUUCUGUGAAAAGAUUCAAACAAGAUGGAUCCACAAGUAACAACCACACAGCACCUGCAGAUCAGAAUCUGACACCAGAUUUGACUACAUUAGACUCUUUUGGUAGGAUUGCAAGGAUGGGGAAUGAAUAUCCUGGUGUGAUGGAAAAUAAUAAUUUGUCUCAGAAAACCAAGAUUGAGGAGUUGGACAUCACAAAGAUACUUAAACCGAUGAGCUUUUCAGCAUCUGUAUCAGACAAUGUCCAGGAUGUGUUGGUGACCUUUUUAGCGCUGAGGUCUGAUGGGAAGGAAGUGAUGGUGGACAACAGAUUUCUCAAGGCUCACAAUCCUCAUCUGCUGAUUGAAUUCUAUGAGCAACAUCUCAAGUAUAAUCGCACGCCUUAAAUCAUCCCAGGAGGUAAGAAUUUGUUUGUACACAGCACUUGUAGGUAGAAAAAGGUUAGAUGGCUUCUUUAUUCUAGCAGCGCAACAUGUAGAGUCGAGGUAGCGGCAAGUGGUUUUUUUGUAUCGCGUCUGCGGGAGGUUUCAGAUUGUAAUUUAUCUCCUCGGGUUCGUUAUGUUCACUCUCUAUCAUAGUAAAUCUUGUCACUUGGACCUUUGCUUCUUAUAGCGGAAGGUUUCUUGUACUUGCUUCUUCAAAGAUCAAGUUCAUGGUAUGCUAUCAAAAUAUAUGAAUCAAUCAAUAUAUAAUUAUGUA